AGUAACUUGAACUUGCUCCCUCAUCUUUCACCAUGGGCAAGCGCAAGAAAUCAUCCCGGAAACCGCAAGGUCCACGCAAGAGAGAACCUCUAGAAACCUCCUUUACAUGCCUUUUCUGCCACCAUGAUAAGUCUGUUUCUGUGAGGCUCGAUCGUAAAGAGGGUAUUGCACAGCUAUUCUGUAAAGUAUGCGACCAGCGGUAUCAGAGUAAAGUCAACCAUCUCACUGAGCCCAUCGACAUCUACUCUGAGUGGAUCGACGCGGCCGACGCUGCGGAGAAAGAGGCCGUAUCGGGCCGUCGACCGAGUGCAACGUCAAGUCGACCUGCGCCGCCUGCGUCGCUUGGCAGUGACAACGAGUAGGACUGCGUCUUUGUGGCCAUAUUACGAAUGCAUCUUGUAUCGUUUCUCUUUUCCCGUGUACACUCCGUAUAUUCCACUGUAUCACCAUAUCACAUACUUCUUUCCUGCAAAACCUGAGGUACAUCACCAG